ACCGGAUAAUGUCUCAUUUCUCUAUCCACCACCACCGUAGCUCCAGAGUCUCCACUCUCCAUCGUCCAGUGCAAAAUCCAACCUCUUUUGGCUCUGCAGAAUGCAAAACCCUAGAAGUUCUUUACUCUGAAGCUUUAGAUUUAGGUUAUAUUCGUCAUGGCGUCAAUCUCUUCUUUGGUACCUCCGACUAUUUUCCAGCAAUCGUCAAAAUCGUUCCUAAUCAAUACAAAAACGCCAACAAAACCCUUUCUCCAUCUUCCCAGAACAGGUUCUCUUCCCAGUUCUCAUGGAGUAGCUGCAACUUUUCUCAAGUUAAACCCUUCAAAACCCUUAAGUGCCUAUGCUGUUGCCGAAGAAGCCUCUGUGUCGACGCAAGAUCUACCGUCCGAGGCAGCGAAGAGAUUGUACGUCGGAAAUAUUCCCCGGACUGUGGAUAAUGCUGAACUUACACGAAUAUUCUCGGAACACGGAGAAGUUGAGAAGGCCGAGGUGAUGUAUGAUAAGUAUUCAGGGAGGAGCCGGCGUUUUGGAUUUGUCAAUAUGAAGACUGUUGAGGAUGCAAAUGCAGUGAUCGAGAAGCUCAGUGGCACAGAAAUUGGAGGUCGUCAAAUCAAAGUUAAUGUAACAGAGAAACCUUUGCAGAGUGUGGAUCUACCCCUCCAAGCUGAGGAAUCCCAAUUUAUUGACAGUCCCCACAAGGUCUAUGUAGGAAAUCUUGCAAAGACAGUAACUUUAGAUACUCUUACCAAUUUCUUUGCUGAGAAGGUUAAGGUUUUGAGUGUAAAAAUCUCACGCGUACCGGGGACUUCAAAAUCGAGUGGGUAUGGGUUUGUGACAUUUUCUACAGAUGAUGAUGUAGAAGCUGCAAUUUCAUCGUUUAACAAUGUGUUAUUGGAUGGGCAACCAAUUCGUGUGAACAAAGCAUAGCUUUAUUGCGGGAACUUCGAGAGCUUCAAGGGCGAUGUGCCUUUUAUGCGUUGUUAACUCAAAAAUUAGGUGCUCUCUAUUGUAGGGGUUUACAGGAUACCUUGGGCAAUUGUAUAGCCCAUGGUAUCCCCCACCCAUUUUUGUGGGUACUGCAUUUGAGUUCAGAGUUUGCCAAGUGAUAUAAUGAAACAUUGAAAAAUUCUCACAAGUCAGACUCAAUAGAAUUUGAUCCAAUCCUUUCCCUGUCGGUAA